AUGAUCGACCCCGAAGCGGGCAGUGCAGCUGCCACUGCCACUGCCUCUGGGCUGGAGGAUAUGGCCACCCUCAAGGCGGCGGCUGAGGCCGUUGAAGCUGCUGAGGCUCAGACCGAUAAACCAUCCCACCGGUCGCAUGAUCCGGCCAAAAACCUGAAGCGAAGCGAUCCUUUCCAAUUUGGUAGCCGCUAUCUGGAGGCCGGAGACGACGUCUUCGAGUUCAAUGCUUGGGACCACGUUGAGACUGACGAUGCGUACAAACUGUAUGCUGAGGGCCAGUUGGAGAAGCAGCGUCAGUCUCCAGUCUCUGAUUUUGACAAGACCAGGUUUAAUACCAACCCGGCCAUGUGGUGGAACAAAUUCUACAAAAACAAUACGGCGAAUUUCUUCAAGGACCGCAAGUGGCUUCAACAAGAGUUUCCCAUCUUGGCUGACGUGACCAAAGAGGAUGCUGGACCACAACUCAUACUCGAGAUUGGUGCAGGCGCGGGUAACACCGCUUUCCCAGUCCUGGCCAAUAAUAAGAACCCACUCUUGAAGAUCCAUGCCUGCGACUUUUCUAAGCAAGCCGUAGAAGUUAUGCGCAAAAGCGAAUCCUAUGAUCCCAAGCACAUCCAAGCUGAUGUCUGGGACGUUGCUGGAGAGACCCUCCCACCCGACCUCGAAGAGGGUACUGUAGACCUGGCCAUUAUGAUUUUCGUAUUUUCCGCAUUGUCUCCCCGGGAAUGGGCACAGGCAGGGCGUUACCUGGAAGAAAACUUUUACAUCCGCGGAGACGGAACACGCGUGUACUUUUUUGACCAAGAUGAACUUGCAGGCAUCUGGUCUGGACCGGACGCUGGGGAAAACUCCGAAGAGCCCGGUGUGCCACGAUUUACGAUUGAGAAACUCGGCGUUGACCGGAGACUGCUCGUUAAUAGAGCUGAGAAGAUUAAGAUGUACCGCUGCUGGCUUCAGGGGCGCUUUAGAAAGAAAUAG